AUGCGAGGGAUGAGGGCAUCCCUUCUUGCCCUUUUUGUGCUGGCGCCGAGCGGCGCGAGCCUGAAGAUGGACUUGACGGACAGCAACUUCAAGAAGUCCUUGGAGGGGAAAAACGCCUUCGUGUUCUUCCAGGCCCCUUGGUGUGGCCACUGCCGCAAGCUUCAACCGGAGUGGGACCAGAUGGCCAAAGUGUAUGCCGACACGCCCAACGUCAUCAUUGGGCAGGCGGACUGCUCUGGAAGCGGCCAGCAAUUCUGUGGGGAGAACGGCGUUCAGGGCUACCCAACCUUGAAGCUCUGGAAGGAUGGUCGCUUCUCGGACUACAACGGAGGCCGCGACUUCCAAAGCCUGAAGCGCGAGGUGGAGCGGAAGCUGGAUCCGCGUCCGGCAUGCAGCCUGGAGUCCAAGGAGGCCUGCACACCAGAG